AAAGCAGUGAGGUCAGAGUAAAGAUGGCGCUCCGCAGCUUCACGGAGAUCUGCGGGUUCGAGAGGGAAACUCUUCUCCGCUUCAGAGAGAUCAGCCUCAGCCUCCCCGGUGUGAGCGCUCUCCCCGGAGGAGUGAAGUUUCCGGACAGUGGGGGAGCGUUCCAUUAUGAGGAGAGCGGGAAGCUGCUGUCCGUCACCAGCAACAGAUUCAUUCACUGGAGCACCUCAGGGGACAGUGUGCAGCUGGUGGAGACCUCUCUGGACACCAACCUGCUGAACAAUGCUGUCAGACUGAAGCUGUGUCACUGCUCUCUGUUGCCGGGCGGAGUCUCCAUCACAGAGACGCUCAACAACGUCAUCAUCCUGCUCUCCACCAAUCAGAGCGUCCACAGGCUGCUGCUGCCACACCCCGCUCGCAUGUACCGCAGC